AAAAAGGGUACUUGUUAGAUGUAAUGCAGCAACGUGCUCCCGAUGUUGAACAUCAGUUCAAAGAAAAGCCAAAUGAGUUGGAAAUGUCGGAUAAGGCCAAUGUAAACCAAGGCGGCAAUCGUAUAGAGACCUUGACGUAGACGCAAUUUAUGUACGAGGAACAGAUUAGAGACUUACAAUCCAUGGUGCAGGAAUUUAUGAUGGUCACAAAAUAUAUUGGCAAAAACAUAGCAAGUGCAUAUGCCAAGUUGGAAAAAUUGACAAUGCUGGCCAAAAAGAAGAGUCUUUUUGAUGAUCGACCGCAAGAGAUUCAUGAAUUGACCUACAUCAUGGUGUAUGCGUUACAAUCUAAAUUAGCCAGCAUGGGCACCGACUUCAAACCGUUGUAUACUGUCGUACUGUUGUAUAUCAGAAACUUUAAACGUCUAAAGCUAUAUAUAAGGAAUUCGCAAGCUAACAUAAAAGUUUUAUUAUGAAAUUUCACACAAUUAAAAAAUAGUUGGUGGUGAUUUAUGCAACCUCACAAACGCGGUUUUUCAUUAUCAUGAUACGCGGUUUUGCAUUUUGUUGAUACGCGGUUUUGUACUUUAAACGACGACUUGCAAAGGGCGCUAUGUAAAA